AUGCCUGACAAGGAUCCUGCGGACGACGCUGCGGACGGCCCUGUCCCGCAAUAUAUCUUAGGGCAGGCCAACCCCGAGUGUGCCACGUGCAUCGACGUCCUCACCCGCUCACACAGACGAAAUCGAGAACGAAUGGAAGCGAUCCGUGAAAAAGAACGGCUCGAGAAGCACACGCAGCAGGUCGAAUUCAGCUUUGUCAACUACAGGCUUCUGGCUGAGCGCAAGAUCGAGCGGCUCGAGCAGCGACUCGGGAAUACCAUCUCGCUUGAGGACCACGACGCAAAGAUCACAGAGAAAGCCGACGAGUGUCGGGCUUCGCUGAAGCAAACGACCGCCGAGAUCCAGAAGGUGUACGCAAAGGAAAAGGAGACAUUGCUUACACGGCUCGCCAACAGAGAGAAUCAGCUAGACAGCGAUAAAAAGCGCAAGGAACUUCUCACGAAUAAGAUCAGAGAACUACAGAUGGAGGUGAUCAACUUCAAGAAAGAGAAGUCCAAUGACGAGCAAGCGAAGUUUCAGCGCGUUGAGGAGGCCGCGACCAAGCUUCAUGCCGCGAUCGAUCUCAAAGACAAGGAAAUCGCAUGGCUAAAGGCGCAGAUGAAGCAGCGUGAAGAAGAGCAUAGGCAGGCGAUCAGCCCCAGGAAAGAUCUCAUCAACAGACAACAGCCUACCACACCCUCAUCCCAGCACAGAGCUACACCGAACAACAUGUUGUACAGGUAA